AUGGUGCGGUACAGCAAGUUACCGUUUCGAGAACUGGUUGGACAAUACAACUGUCACAUCAUGUACACUCCCAUGAUUUUGGCUGAUGUGUUCAAGAAUUCGGAAUUUGCGAGAGAAAGCGAUUUUUCCACCAACAGUCAAGACGAUCCCGUGGUUGUUCAGUUUGCAGCCAACAAUGGGGCGGAUCUGGCCACCGCCGCCGAGUUGGUAGCGCCGUAUGCUGGUGGCAUCGAUAUCAAUUGUGGCUGUCCGCAACGUUGGGCAUAUCAGGAGCGCAUUGGCGCUUACCUCAUGUCCGAUCCAGAAUUGGUGCGAGAUAUGAUCCGCACUGUCAAAGGCCGAGUCAAUAUACCCUGCAGCAUUAAAAUUCGAGUUCAUCCUGAUUUAAAACAAACAUAUGAAUUUGUGAAACGAGCGGAAUCCGUAGGUGUAGAUUAUUUAACCGUCCAUGGUCGAACCCGACAUCAGAAAUCCACCGAACCUGUCAACUAUGAAGGCAUCAAACUUGUGAGAGAAUCCAUCAAUACGCCCGUACUUGCCAAUGGUGGCGUCUUUUCUCUCAAAGACGCCGAAACUCUUUACGAAAAGACCGGUGUAGAUGGUGUGAUGUCGGCGCGUGGGUUACUACAAAAUCCUGCAUUGUUUGCAGGCCAUGAUUACACACCUUGGGAAUGCGUAGAGAAAUACGUUCAACUGGCGCUCGGUUACGGCACGAAUUCGUUUAUUUUCCAUCACCACUUGAUGUACAUGUUUGAGGAUCUCAUGAGCAAUGCUGAACGUAAGACCUUCAAUACAUUAUCCAGCAUUCCGGCCAUUCUCGAUCAUUUGGAAACGUAUUGGGGUCUGGAUGUGAGCCGAUUAAUAUAA